UGUAUCACUUUAUCAUUAUGAAAAUAAUUUUAAUCGAAUACCGCUUGUAGUUAGUACGAUCACAUAAAAUAUUGGUUAAAAAUGCAGUGCUUAGCGCCAUUUUGUGUAAAUACCAAUGAUGAAAGGAAUCAGAAUGUCUCGGCAUAACCUUUCACAAACUUCCCUCCAGCCGCGACAUCCGUGCAGCCUGGCUUCACGCACUGGGGCGACCGUCGCACGUGCCGCACGCUGCGGUAGUCUGCUCACAGCACUUCCUGCGCGAGGACUUCUGCACAACCAGAAGUGGGUUGCAAAUACGACCAGAGGCAAUUCCAUUUGUGACAAACAUGGCACUUACAGAGCCAAAUGAGGGCAAAGAAGGACAAGACUUAAAAACUGCUGUUGAAGAUCAAAUAAAGAAUAGAGAAAAUAUUAUAGUACAAUUAGCAAGGAUUCCAUCUGAAUCAACGCCAAAUGAAGACAAACUAGAAAUUGACAUAAAAGUUACUGAUUCUACAAAAAAUGAAAUAGAGAAUGGCUCACAUGAAGUACAACCAAAAACAGAUGUUACUUUUGUUGAAGUGAAAGAUGAUAAAGUACAAUUAGACAUUAACAAUGGAAUGGGAUCUGUUGAAAUUGAAAUAGAUGUAACAAGCAAGUCAGUUGAUGAAUCUGAACAUAAGCCAUCUCAACAUGCAGAAGUACAUAGUGACAAUCAAUUAUUAAACUUAGCAUUAAGUAGAGAAACUACCGAUGAUACUUUAGAUAUUAGACAGCAAAGUGAUUUAGUUAGAAAAGAACUGGUUGUUGAGUUAGAGAAAAUUAAUAUAACAAAAUACUUACAAUCGAUGAAUUUGACAGCAAUAAAUAAGCUAAAGCAAACUGAUUGUAAUUCUAAAAAAUCAGUUUUGAAACGUGUUGAACACAAAAAAACACAAGUAAAACGCAUUAGAAACAAAAAAGGGUACAAAAUAUACAAAUGUGAUGUAUGCAGUUACAAAGUGAACGAUAAAUAUAGUUGGACUAUCCACAUGAGAAUUCACACUGGUGAAAAGCCGUUUUCGUGCAAUCUCUGCGAAUACAAAUGUACUAAUGCAACCUCUUUGAAAUCUCACAUGAAAGUGCACACGGAAGAGAGAAACUUUACAUGUCAAUUGUGCAAAAAAAGCUUCAAACACAGAUCUGCUGUAGUUACCCACAUGAGAACACACACUGGUGAAAAGCGUUAUCAAUGUAAACUAUGUGAAUUUAAAAGUGGAAGCUCAUCCGGUAUAUAUAACCACAUGAAAACUCACACUGACAGUAAAUACUCGUGCAUUACGUGUCCUUCUAAAUUUAAAAACAAAACGUCAUUGAAAAACCAUAUGAGAACUCACACUGGCGAGAAACCAUUUCACUGUGCUCAUUGUGAUCACAAAACUGCAAUCAAAUAUAGUCUAGUUAACCAUAUGAGGAUCCACACUGGCGAAAAGCCGUACGUUUGCAAGAUUUGUCAGUACAAGUUCUCAACAAACAGUAGCCUUUAUUUGCACAUGCGUAUUCACAACAAUGAAAGGGCGUUCGUGUGCGAGUUCUGUCACUCGCAGUUUUCGAGAAAGAGCGCUCUCAAUAUCCACAUGAGAGUACACAACGGUGUGAAGCCAUAUUCCUGUAAGUUUUGCGAUUAUAAAUCUACCACCAGUAACAGUAUGAGACUCCACAUGAGAACUCACACUGGUGAAAAACCUUAUUCCUGUAAUGAAUGCAAUUACAAAUGUUCGACUAAUUCUUCCUUGAGAGUUCACAUGGUUACCCACAGUGAGGAUAAACCACAUUUCUGUAAGCUUUGCAACUUUAGAUGUGCUCUAAAGGGUCCUUUAAAAGCUCACAUGAGAACCCAUUCUGGAGAGAGACCAUACGCCUGUAACUCUUGUCCAUAUAGAUGUUCUGUGAAAGAUGCUUUGCGGUUACACAUACAGACUAACCACGGGGGAGAAAAGACAAUUUGCUGUCAAUAUUGUAAGUACAAAUGCUUUCGCGAGACGACUUUGAAAAUUCACAUGAGAACUCACACUGGAGAGAAGCCUUUCGCGUGCGCGCAGUGCGAAUACAGAUGCUCUACAGCGCAAGGGUUAAAAAGACACAUGCUGACACACACAAAAUUGAAACCUUACACUUGCAGCGUGUGCAAUUAUAGUAUGAGUUCUCUGCCAUCUUUAAAGAGGCACAUGAGGACCCACACUGGACAGAGACCGUACUCAUGUGACGUGUGCGAACGGUCAUUUACAACAAGUGACGGUCUAUCGAGACACAAGAGGUCGCACACUGGCGAACGACCCUUCAAGUGCAGUGUUUGCGAUAGAAGCUUUACCGACAGAUCCGGUCUGUGCAGACACAAGAGAACACACACGAAAGAGAAACCCUUUCCAUGCAAGUAUUGCCAGCGUCCGUUCGCUGAGCGCGGAACUCUAACUGUCCACGAAAGAACUCACACUGGAGAGAAGCCAUUCUCUUGCAAGCUAUGUGAUUACAAAUGUAAUACUUCGUCUGCACUAAAGACUCACUCCAGGAAACACACUGGGGAGAAGCCUUACUCGUGCAAAGACUGCGACUACAAAUGUGCUAGUUCUUGCAGUCUAACAGCUCACAUGAGAACUCACACUGGCGAGAUGCCUUAUUCAUGCGACAUCUGUCAAUUUAAAUGCGCUACAUCCUCUGGUAUCGCUCGACACAAAAGAUCUCACAAUGGGGAGAAACGUUACCACUGUGAUUACUGUGAAUUCAGAAGCACCGAAAAACACAACGUGAAGAUGCACAUGAGAAGCCACACUGCGGACAAAUACAUGAGCUGCGAUCACUGCAAUUUUAAAUCGCCUUACAAGAAUUCCAUAAUUCUACACAUGAGAACCCACACUGGCGAAAAACCAUUCUCCUGUAACCUCUGCGGACGCAAAUUUGCAAAUUCUACUGGUCUACGAGACCACAUGAGGAGGCACACUGGUGAAAAACCCUAUUCUUGCCCACGCUGCGAUUACAAGAGUGCGACUUCGACGUUACUGAAAACACACAUGAGAACUCAUACUGGAGAAAAACCAUAUUCUUGUCAUCAUUGUUCUUAUCAAUGCAUCUCUGCGAGUUCUCUGAAAACCCACAUGAGAACUCACACUGGUGAGAAACCUUAUUCGUGCAAUGACUGUGAUUAUAAAUGUUCUACGACGAGUUCUCUAGUCCUUCACACUAGGACACACACUGGAGAGAGGCCGUUUGCCUGCACGCUGUGUGACUACAGAGGCAAGACGUCUAGCACCUUGACGGGCCACAUGAGGAGGCACACCGGGAAAGCAUUCACUUGUGAUAUUUGUAAACUUAAGUUCAGAAAUAAACAGUCGAUAAGAUCACACAUUACAGAUGCUCACACGUUCGUCGGACAAUCUCAGUCGUAAACAAAUGAUUCUGUGGCUGUUCCUGCAGAAGCAGACGGCCUCCGUGGCGCACUGGUACGCGCGGUGGAUUUACUAAACGGAGGUCCUGGGUUCGAUCCCCGGCUGAGUCAAUUGAGAUUUUCUUAUCCGCUUCCAUCUUAGACUGCAUCAUCACUUACCAUCAGGUCAGACUGUAAUCAAGGGUUAACUUGUAAAUAAUACAUAAGGGCGACCGGCAUUAGUGCGCUCUCUGACAGACUGCUCUAGUCCAAAGGUGGCGAGUAUCUCGUAACCUCGUAAAUGUUAACUAUUAAAUAAAACAAAUAAUGAAUAAAAUCAAA